GAAACAUACGGACAGGAUCAGUGACGUGAGGUGGCCUUCAUAACUGUGUCAGCAAACUUCUUCUUUACUGUUAAAUAUCACAGAUUUUCAGCAAGAAAUACCAUAAUGGCAACGACUCUACUCAUCCCUCAAGACGGGGGACAGGCAGAAAAGGGUGGAAUUGUGAACGACUUCAUGUAUGGCUCUAAUGUUGCAACGAGUCAUAUUUACAUUAGGAUGGGUUUUUUGCGCAAGGUGUAUGGACUUCUGUCAGUGCAGCUACUUGUUACUACAGUUGUGGCAGCAGCGUUUGCUUACACACCAGUCCUCCGUCAGACCAUCCAUACCAACCCAUGGAUGCUCAUAUUGUGCCUCCCACUUACCCUUGGUCUCCUGGUUGCCCUUCAUGUGAAAAGACAUCAUGUCCCUAUCAACUUCAUGCUACUGGCAGCAUUUACUGUGGUUGAGGCCAUCACUGUGGGAGUAGCAGUGAGCAUGUAUGAAGCAGAAGUGGUAGUGAAAGCCUUUGUCAUGACGCUUAUCAUCACAGGAGGCCUCACAGCUUACACUUUCCAGACCAAGAGAGACUUUACAAGCAUGGGGGCAGGACUGAUUAUUGCAUUGAUGAUAAUGAUUGGUUUGAGUCUUAUGAAUGUGUUCCUGGGAAGCAGUGGUCUAGAGUUGGCAUUAGCUGGAGGAUCUGCUCUCAUCUUCUGUCUCUUCAUAGUGUAUGACACCCAGAUGAUGAUGACGAAGCUAUCACCUGAGGAAUACAUUCUAGCUACAAUUAAUCUCUACCUGGAUAUUCUGAACUUAUUCCUUGAACUUCUUCGCAUCUUUGGAGACCGAAAGGGUUAAAUAUUGUCAAGGUUUCAGGAUUAGUGGUCACAAGACUCCCAGGAGAAUAAAUUACCUUGGUAAAAAAAAAAAAUAUGUGGGUAAAUAAAUUGGAAAGAUUCACAUGAUUCUGUGUUAGAAAAUUAGAAGUAUACUAUAUUGGAUAACAUAAGAUUCAGAUGUGUUGAUGUGAUGAUAUUGCUAAAUGUCUGAAAUUUUCUGUUUCUAUCCUGUAGUAAUUUUCCUUGAGUUUGCUAAGUGGACUUUAUACACAGUCCUCUCCACACAAGCCAUUCUUGACAUAUCUUUGUUAAUAUUGUUAAUAUCUCAAUAAUAUAUCUAUCUCACAUUUGUAAUCCCAGACUAUAAUAUAUCCUUCCAUUGUACCUUUGGCCUUCCUGUACAGUAUAUUUAUUGCCACUCUCAUCAGUCAAAUACUGUACAGUACAGUACAGUACUGUAUACUGUUUUAGUGUCUUCACAUAUUGACACCAUACACCUCAGUAAUCCAUAUUCCAUUAACCACUGUCAAUUUUAUAAAAUAAUGCCAGAAUAUUGUGAACAUAAUCUUGAAGGCUCUCCUACCAUAGAUCAAAAUUAUCCCUGAAGAAUUUCUUCCAUGCAAGAUAUAGACAUGUAAUAGGCCCUGUGUCCAAAAGAAUCACUCACAUAAAACAUGAUAUUUCAUUCUAAAGAUACUAUAUUAAUUCAAUUAUUUUCACUUCUCAACUUUAAAUUGUAAUCUUCAGCUCACAGUUGAUGUUUAUGAAGAAUAGAGAAGUUUUCAAGAAUGUUUUAUGUACAGUAGUUGGCACUGCCACUUAUUAAUCCAGUAACUAAUUUGGAAGUUGUAACAAAUUAUAUUUGAGUGAUUAGUUUGUAGAAAAACUUUAAUUUACUUCUUGUAAUAUAUUGUUAUAGAGAUGUAUAAUAUAUUCUUCUUGGUUGUGAUGUUUAAACUUUAUUAAUCAGAGAUACAAUGACCAGAGUGUCCUUUAUCUACAAUGUGGACAAGAAUACAGUAUUUUAAUAAGUGUUUACAGGUGAUAAAAGUUAUACAAGUAAGCAUUACCAUCAAGAUGUUCCUUAAUAUAAAUUUAAAAAAUCAAA